GCUGCGCGGUCCUCCCCGCCCGCCGCUGCCUGUGGCGGAGACCCGUCCGCGGCAGGAGAAGCGUCCCGCCGGAGGAGGAGGAGGAGGAAGCGGCGGCCCCGGGCGGGGAAGACGCCGCGGCAACUGCUGACGAAGGCAGUGAUUAAUAGCAAAGAUCUUCCAAGCGGAAUAAUGUCAUAUGGUUUGGAUGACUCCAUUUUGGAUAGUCCAUGUUUUGGAAAGUUGACUUGUUGAACGGUCGUGGUGAAAGCUCAAAAUGUACUGGUGUGUGGGAAGCGAGGACUCGGAAGACAGCAAGGGCAGUAUGGCAGCACAAAAAGGUGUCGUGGACAUGGGCGGCAGGCAGACCACAGUGAGUGGCCUCCCCGUCGGCCAGUCCCCUGUGACGGAAACCAUUCAGGGAGCCUACCGGAGUGGAGAAUUCGGGAAAGCCCAAGAGCUGGUGAAGACAGCCUGUCAGGAGAGCAUCUUGCAAGUGGAAAAGGACCUCUGUGCUGCAUUUUCCUCCCCUUUCCCUCAUCAGGCGCACCUCUUGAGCCUCUCAGCGGCAUAUGGGGACCUGCAGACAGUGAGGUACUUGCUGAAAGAGGCCUGCUUGACUGUGCCCCCUGAACCCGAGGAUGACAACCCUGCAGUGGUGGCAGCAUAUUUUGGGCAUAGAGAUGUGGCAGAAGAACUGCUGGAUUCUUUUAUUGGUCCAAAUAAUUUCUUGCAACUCCUGAGCUGGAUGCUUGCGAUUGCCUGUCAGCAAGGCCACCUAGAAAUCGUCAAGCUCCUAAUCCUGACAUACAAAGCAGAUCCUGACAGCUACGCAGUGAGAAAGAACGAGUUGCCCGUUCUUACCCGAUUGCCUCUAUAUGCAGCUAUCAAAGGAGGGUAUGAAGAUGUAGCUGCCUUCUUGCUCGAAAAUGGGUCCUUCUUUUGCUCCUACAUCCUGAUGGACUUCCCGAGCACCAGCAAAUACCUGCUUCGCAAGUAUUUUGUAGAAGCAAUGACAUUACCCAGGAGCGUCCCACCAAAAACAGUUCUUUCUGUGAACUGGGCAAACCUGAGGCUUCCUUGGCUGGAGCUGGAUUGGCUGAUAGAUAUUUCACACCAGAUAACCGAGCUGAACCUGUCUGCCAAUUGUUUGACCACCCUUCCAUCCGUUAUCCCUUGGGGGCUGAUAAACCUCCAGAAAUUAAACCUCAGCGAGAACCGGUUGAGCAUACUGCCUGAUGUACAUUCUUCAGCUGCAGUUAUAUGCACAAAAUUACUUGAGAUUGACAUAUCCAACAACAGAUUCUUCAGCCUUCCUUCUGGAUUUUUGCACCUCUGCAGACUUCAAAGACUUGUUGCUGCCAAAAAUUAUCUGGAAAAGCUAUUUGAUGAGGAGAACGUCACUAACUGGAUUGGAUUAAGGAAACUUCAAGAGCUGGAUGUCUCGGACAACAAAUUGUUGGAACUCCCCAUUAAUUUUCUCCACUGUUUGAAGUCACUGAACAUUCUAAAUGCUUCCAGAAAUAACCUGAAGGUGUUUCCACAGCCAUGGGCCUGCCCUCUGAAAAGUUGCAAGGCAGCAAGUAAUGCAUUGGAGUCCCUACCUGAUACUUUGGCAGUUUUUUGGAAAAAUCAUCUCAAGGAAGUCGAUUUUUCUCAAAACUCCUUGAAAGAAGUCCCCCAGUGUCUCUUCCAGCUUGGGGCCUUGGUGUCUUUGAAACUCUCAGGAAACCAACUAACCACGUUACCUUCUCAAGAUAAAUGGAGCUGCCAACAGCUGAAAUCUUUGGAUCUCUCCAAGAACCAGUUUGGAAAAACUGAUGAAAGGGCCAAAACUAAACGGAUUUCAUUUUUCACUACAAGGAGCAGAACUCGCGCCGAGGCAGGUCAGACCUUGGAGUUUCCAGAGUAUCUUUCUGAGUCUCUUGAAGUCCUCUACUUGAAUGACAACCAACUAGACUCUGUCCCCCCAUCGGUGUGCCUUCUCAAGGGGUUAUCGGAGCUUUACUUAGGAAACAACUCGGGCAUUCAAGAGCUUCCUCCUGAACUUGGACAACUGUCUAAUCUUUGGCAGCUGGAUAUAGAGGAGUUAGAUAUUGGCAACCUUCCUGCAGAGAUUAGAAAAGAGGGCCCCAAGACCAUUUUAGCUUAUUUACGAGCCCAGCUACGCAAAGCAGAGAAAUGCAGCCUGUUGAAAAUGAUCGUGGUGGGCCCCCCACGGCAGGGAAAAUCGGCUCUGAUCGAGAGCCUGCAGACCGGGAAGCCUUCCCUCCUGUUGCCCAACGAUGCCACCAUCCAGACCACCAAGUGGGAGCUCCAGAAACCAGCUGGAUUUAAAGCAAAGGUUGAUUCAGUCCAGUUUAAUGUCUGGGAUAUUGGAGGUUCCACCAGUAUGUCUACAGUGAACCAGUGUUUCUUCACAGAUAAGGCAUUGUAUGUUGUCGUCUGGAACUUGGCCCUUGGGGAGGAAGCCGUUGCGAAUCUUCAGUUUUGGUUGCUGAACAUUGAGGCCAAGGCCCCAAACUCGGUUGUGCUGGUGGUUGGGACGCACCUUGACCUGAUCGAGACAAAAUUCCGCGUUGAGCGGAUUGCCACCCUGAGGGCCUACGUCCUGGCUCUCUGCCGCUCCCCUUCUGGCCUGCGAGCCACUGGCUUCCCGGACAUCACACUCAAGCACUUGCAUGAGCUCUCUUGCAAGACUCUCGAAGGCCUGGAUGGGCUGCGACAGCUGAUCUAUCACGUCACGGCUAACAUGAAGGAUGUUGGCAGUUCCAUUGGCUCGCAGAGACUCGUUGGGCGAUUGAUUCCAAGAAGCUACUUAAGCCUCCAAGGAUCCAUCUUACAUGAACAGCAGAGGAGAAGCCAAAACGACAGUGUACAGUACUUAACAGACAAGGAAAUAGAGCAGAUUGUAGAGAACGCCCCAGGCAAUGACAUCAAGGACUUUGAGGACUUACAGUCUGCCAUUAGUUUCCUCAUAGAGACUGGAACGCUGCUGCACUUCCCUGAUACAAGCCACGGACUCAGAAACCUCUACUUCCUUGACCCAGUUUGGCUGUCCGAGUGCCUGCAAAGAAUCUUCAACAUCAAAAGCUCCAAGUCAGUGGCCAAGAACGGUGUGAUCAAAGCAGAGGACCUCCGGAUGCUGCUGGUUGGGACGGGGUUCACCAAGCAGACGGAAGAGCAGUAUUUCCAGUUCCUCGCCAAGUUCGAAAUUGCGCUUCCAGUAGCCAACAACAGCUAUCUUCUGCCCCAUCUGCUUCCCACCAAGCCAGCUUUUGAUGUCCACAGCUUACACCACCAGACUGCAAACACCAUCCAAAGGGUGUUCAAGAUGAGUUUUGUCCCCAUUGGCUUUUGGCAAAGGUUUAUCGCUCGGAUGCUCAUUAGCCUUGCAGAGAUGGAUCUCCAGUUCUUUGAAAACAAGAAGAAUGCCAAGAGCAGGCACCGGAGGGCCGUUAUCUACAACUUUGCCGGCGCACAGCGAACCCGGUGCAGCACCUUUCGAGUUAAAAGGAACCACACGGUUUACUGGCAAGAGGGGCUGUUUGUCACCUUUGAUGGAGGAUACUUGAGUGUGGAAUCUUCCGAUGUGAACUGGAAGAAGAAGAAAAGUGGCGGCAUUAAGAUCAUCUGCCAGUCUGAUGUGAGGGAUUUUUCAGCAAUGGCCUUUAUCACUGAUCAUGUCAAUUCUUUGAUAGACCAGUGGUUUCCCGCACUCACCGCCACUGAAAGCGACGGGACUCUGCUAAUGGAGCAGUAUGUCCCCUGCCCGGUCUGUUCCACCCCUAAAACGCAAGAAGAAGAAGAGAGCCAGAAGACGGAAGGCAUGCAGUAUUUCAACAUGGAGGACUGCGUCCUGACAGCAACCGAGCUGGACAGCAUCCUCUGCGUUCGUCAUCCAGAGGUCCCUGUCCCCUUGCAGGAACUCGUCCCCGAACUUUUCAUGACGGAUUUUCCUGUCAGGUUAUUUUUAGAAAAUAGCAAGUUGGAAUACACUGAAAGUGAAAACAAUGUUCUCGGCCAAGGAGGAAGUGGGACGGUUAUAUAUCAGGCACAAUAUCAAGGAAAACCAGUGGCUGUGAAGCAGUUUCGGAUUAAAAAAUGCAAGAGUUCUGCGACCUCAGCAACAGACACCAUGCUGAGGCACCUGCGAGCCAUGGAUGCCAUGAAGACCUUCUCUGAGUUCCGCCAGGAGGCCAGCAUGCUGCACUCACUGCGGCACCCGUGUGUCGUCUCUCUGAUCGGGAUCAGUAUCCACCCGCUCUGCUUCGCCUUGGAACUCGCCCCUCUGGGCAGCCUCACCACUGCACUGUCCGAAAGCGCCAAGGGAUCGUGCUUUGUGCCUCUUGGGCACAUGCUGACCUUCAAAGUGGCCUACCAGAUAGCAGCGGGCCUGGCCUACCUCCACAAAAAAAGCAUCAUUUUCUGUGACCUGAAGUCCGACAACAUUCUGGUGUGGUCCUUAGACGCGAGGGAAAGCGUCAAUAUCAAGCUGUCUGACUACGGGAUUUCUCGGCAGUCCUUUCAUGAGGGAGCUCUUGGAGUGGAAGGCACCCCUGGGUAUCAAGCACCGGAGAUACGACCUCGGAUCGUCUAUGAUGAAAAGGUGGACAUGUUUUCCUAUGGCAUGGUGCUUUACGAAUUGCUGUCUGGGCAGCGGCCAGUGCUGGGGCAGCAUCAGCUCCAAAUUGCGAAGAAACUUUCCAAGGGGAUCCGUCCUGUCCUGGGCCAGCCAGAAGAGGUGCAGUUCCAUCGGAUGCAGGUGCUGAUGAUGGAAUGUUGGGACACGAAGCCGGAAAAGCGCCCCUUGGCCACCGCAGUGGUCGGACGGAUGAAAGACCCAAGCUUUGCUACGUUCAUGUACCUGCUGCCAUGCGGAAGACAGUCAUCCUUCUUCUGUUCCCAGGGGCAAGAAUACACAGUAGUAUUCUGGGAUGGAAAGGAAGACACCAGAAACUACACAGUAGUGAAUACAGAGAAAGGUCUCCUAGAAGUUGCCAAGAUGAGCUGCCCAGGAAUGAAGCUCUGUUGCCAGCUGAAAGUUCAAAGUUCUCUCUGGACUGCCACAGAGGACCAGAAGAUUUAUGUGUACAGUUUACAAGGCAUGUGUCCCCUGAAGGUUCCACUAAAGGGUGUAGACACUCCAUCCAUUGUGACCUGUUUCCUUGCUGUACCUGUUGUGAAAAAGAACUCCUAUGUGGUCCUGGCCGGCCUUUCCGACGGACUCAUCGCUGUUUUUCAAGUGUCGCGGGGUGUUCCCGAGGACAGCUGUUCCUACUUGUGCUCCCACACUGCCAAUCGCACCAUGUUCAAGAUCAGCGAUGACGAUCCCCGUCAGAACCCGUACCCCGUCAAGGCCAUGGAGAUGGCAAACAAUGGGACUGAGGUCUGGUACAGCAAUGGCCCCGGCAUCCUCAUUGUGGACUGUGCAGCCUUGACUGUCACUCGGAGACUGGAGCCCUACAGCCCGCCCUCCACCGUUGUGUCCAUCGCGUGCAGCUCAGACUGCAACGGGGAGGAGGUGGCCUGGUGCCUGGAUGAUACGGCCAACUUCCUGGUCAUGUAUUACACCGCCUCCUACCAGCUCUGUGCGCGCUACUUCUGUGGGGACCACAGCCCCUUGAGGGACAUGUUCACCAUCCAGCAGCCCUUCUCCUUGGUUCCCACCACACUGGCCACGGACCCAGCCACAACUCCCAAAAGCAGCUCCUUGAGAAACGUGAGCAUCAUGUGCAGUCAAGAGCUCGGCAUUCAGAUCCUGAAUUAUCAGGACUCCCUGACGGACUACUGUUCCGUGUCAUCGUGUUACUCCUCCUCGUCUCCCAACAGGCGGAUGAGGUCCUCCUCAAGCCUGCCCAGCACCCCACUGAGCGCCUCUAGUGCACCUUUCUCGACAGAUUGCGAGGAGCCCGACAAGCUUCAGGACCUGAGCUUUCUCGUGGAGGGACAGGAAAAUGAUCCCAUGGACAACCCUUGUGCUCUCCAGGCCAUGAAGAUCCUCCCAGUCAAAGACCUCCUGUGGAUUCCCAGGCGAGGUGGAGAUAUCAUUGUGAUUGGCUUGGAGAAAGAAGCCCUCUCUCAGCGAGGGAGAGUGAUCGCAGUACUGAAGGCUGCAGAGCUGGCCCCCUAUGGGUCCCUGGUGGAUGCUGCCAUUGUGGCCAAGGACACUGUUGUGUGUUGCUUCAGGAAUGAGGCAAUGGAGUGCUGCUUGGCUGUCUGGAGGAGCUGGGGGGCAAAAGACUUUGAUCUUUUCUACCACUCCUAUGAAGAACUGGGGAGGCUUGAAACUUUCAUGCGGAAGAGAAGGUAGUGCUUGUGGAACAGAAACCAAGACUGGGACGGAGUGUCACGAACUGAAAACUGACAUAGUUUCACUUCCCCCGAAGGGCCCUGUUGGAGUCUUUACACAUUCGGGAUGUUGACUCCUCUGUUUUGCUGCUAAAAAACAACCUAGGUGGGUCAUUGUCUUUAAUGCAUUUGAAUUCCCUCUUCUAGUCGCUCUCACAGUCCACAGAAGAGCAUUUUCCUCAAUUCUAAUCCCUUGAAUGUGCAGAUUUGGCCAGCGUUUCUGCAAGAUCCACAUCCUGCUGUUUUGUUUUGCAGCAUGUUGCUAACUCGGCAGUUAGCAAGCUCUGUCUUCCUUCAUAGAGAAUAGCCCAAAUGUGGCACCUUGGCUUUCAUUUUAGUAAUAGUUUUCCAUCACAAUAAGGCACCCUAUUCAGGCAUCAGAGUUUCUGUGUAACAUUCUGGAAAGGUGGAAGAGUCAGGCUUAUAUGGUUCCGAUGGCUCUGAGACAGAUGAAACACAUCUGCAAGAGCUUUGCUCUUGUCUACACUCAGCAAAGGCUGUGGUUGCCUGGUGCACUGCCUUUGCUCCAACAGUGACUUGAGCAAAGAGUCACUUGCAAAGAGAGAGAUUGCCAAGUCCUAUGGAGUCGGCAUGGGACUCAGAAGACCCUGAACCUCUUGAAACUUCGUUGCCUCUGCAGGUUGAUGUUUUCCUUCUUGUGUUAGGAGCUGGGAAUCUGCAGUGAGGAUACACACUGGUUAUCCUUUGCUGCUCCAGAAUGAAGGACACGAGCAAACAAAAUGGUAGGCUAAUAGAUGCCAUCUUUACUGGCUUCUUGUGGUUCCCUGUCCAUGCCGUGAGCUAUUUGUGUGGGGCAAGUGCCAGACAAGAAAAGGGAUUGCACUGCAGAGCCUUUGCAAAAGUGGAAUCACGUAAGCAGAAGGAAAAAAAGAAGUUACAUUCAUGGUUUUCUCAUGAGAUGGACAAUGGGAAAGACACCUUCUAAGGUACUUUUAAAAAAUGGAAUUAGUGAGGAAAAUGCAUCUUGUGCUAAUUGUGUCUCAUCAGAGCGUUAUUAUAUAUUCGUCUGUUGUGUGUCUGCCGCUGCGAUAUUUGCUGUUCGCCUCUUCUUGCCUGAGCAAAGAACGAGGAGUUGGCUAGCAGGGAAAAGUGCUUCCAAGAAGAAAAAAAAGGCAAGAGCAUGGAUCCCACAGCCUUCCAUACCUGGCUCGAGCGGUUUGAAUUGUCGCCUGAUACUACUGCAGUAUCAGGUGAUAAUAUACGACUGGCAGCAUCCAGAACAAAAUCUGGCUGAAGAUGCUGCAGAGAAAAGGAGGGCAGGCUGAUUUCCGCCUUUGAAAUGAUACAGGGCAAACGCCGACACACUCAGGACAUUUCUCUGGUAAUUCCCUUCCCACGGAUCCCAGUAAUUUAUUUAACUUGCUCCCUAGCCUGUCAUUCUUCUUUCCCCACCCAACAACUGGACACAGGGUGUAGUGAAGCCUGGGUUCAGAGGUGGAAGUAUGGAGGCCGCCUCCCCGAAUUGCAGUGCAGGCCUCUCCAUAUCUGUGGAGAAAUGGAGUUUCCCAGCACAAAUGUACUGCUGAGCGCAAACCCUGUUGCAGUGCGAAGCAUUUUGCGGGUGCCCCACUCUCGAACGGACAGGUCAGACCUAUUGGCUUUGCACGAGAUCUGCUCCUGGUGGGCAAGAGAACUGCUAAAGCUGGUUUGUUGCCACAAGUCAACACUCCCUCUGUAUUUCUGGACUCUCCUUGGGAAGGAGACUAUGGGGGACUAUCAGGAUGAGCCCUACACUUCCGAAUUGACCACAGCUCUCUCUCCUACCAACUGCCAGUGAUGGAGAAGCACUCGCAAUGCCAUUAGAGCAUGAAACAAGUUCUAAUACAAGCAAGAGUUUGAUAGGCUGGGGAAGUGCUGCUCUCCUUUCAUGGUCCCCACCCCACCCCACCACUGGUGCUUGCAGUGCAAGCCUCACCCCCACCCCCAGGCCCCUUCCCUCAACUGACGAAUAGAGGAGUUUGGUGACCCUGUAUGUAAAAGCUGAUUGCUAUUUUUAUGCGAACCUCUGAAGAGCUUUUGGCAACUAAUUAAAAAAUAAACUGUUACUGCAUGUGUG